AUGCCCUCGGCCGACGGCUGCCGCCUCGUCGGCCUCGCGCUCGUCGUCGACGACAGCAGCAAAGGCUGCAACUUGGCGUUCCGCUACCCGCCGGCGCCGCCGCACAAGGCCUCGAGCUUCCACACGCUGCCGGCGCCGCUCCUGGCGAAGCUCUUCCGCCCCAAGAACGCGCUCUGCAACGCGCGCCUCGAGCUCGUGGUCGACGAGCUGCGGUUCGUGAGCCACCCCGUGCUCGUGUCCACCGACGCGCACGAGACGACAAUGUUCAACGUCAUCUUCGCGCUGACCGACGACGGCGUGUGGCGCGCGGACGCCGGCGCGACAACGGACGAGCGGCGGCGGACGCGGGCGCAGGCGUUUUAUACAGUGGCGGCGCAGCUGGCGAACGGACUGCUGCACGAGGAGCUGCGCGUGGGGUUCGUGUCGAGCGAAGUGCGGGAGCUGCUGCACGUGCGGGACGAAGUCGUGCAGAGCGCGCGGCGCGCCGGGACGAGCAGUGCAGCGAACACAGGGGCAGGUGGAACGAGUAGCGGCGCGUCGGGUCCGAGUGCAGCGGGUGCAGCAGCUGCAGCAGCAGUGGGAGGUGCAGUGAGCAGUAACGGCGCAGGUGGGACUGUGGACGGUGGAGGUGGCAGUGCGGGGACUGCUGCUGGGGCAAGUGGGGUGCAUGUGUACCAUCCACAUCCGCAUCAGAUGCCGCCGCCUCAUCAUUUGCGAAGCGAAGCGGGGGAGAGUGGGAGUGGAUCGAGCAGUGUGGAGGUGGACAUGCAGACGCUGACGGCGGUGUCGCUGGAGAAGAGCGUCUUGGCGAACGAUUUGAAGCGCGUGUUUCAUGGACUCGCGGAAGCAGGGGCUGCGCACGUUGUCCUAAAUGGAUGGGUCAAGUUAUCGCUGACGCUCACGGAUGCGGUGACGGUGCAGAUGGCGAGUCUACGUCCGUACCACACGCUGCUGCUCUUGUCGGACAAGAGUGCAAUUUUGACGCAAUUGCCGGCCGAUCAUGCACGUCAGCUACGAGAUCUGGUUGAGGCGGUGAACCCGUUGAAGAGUUUUCAGGACAUCGCUCUCGAGACUAGUAUUCCGAUCCACCAGGUCUUUCGCCUGUCGGCUCAUCUCGUCUACUGGGGACACGGGCGUAUCGUGGACGCCAUCACGCUGUACAACAUCUACCAGGUGACUGCGAGCGCAGAUUUGCACGUCGCAUCACCGCUGGCAGUGGAGUUCCGGCGGAAGUUUGCACCCUAUGAACUGGGAGAAGUGUUGUCGACAUUCUCAGGAACGCGUCGCAUUGGCGAGUACAUGAAGACUCUGUCGACGGCGAAGAAAACGGAGUACGUCCACAUGCUGAUCUGGCUGCUGCAGCAGCGAUUUGUUGUGCAGCUCCACCGCUACAUCUAUUUUAUGAUUCCGUCGGACGGAGACUACGCCGCUGACCUUGGCGCCAAACGCGCUUCGUCCGUCGGAGAGUCCUCUCCUGUACCCAUAGCAUCCAGCUUCCGUCGUCGGCGUGUCAACAGCAGCAUGACAAACGCGAGCGUAACUGGAAGUGUGUCGGUAGCGCAGACACCACCUGCUGGUCCAGCAAGUUUGGCAUUGCCGUCGCCUCCAGUGGCACCAAUGUGCGGACGUCCUACAGCAGAAGGACACGGAGGCAGCACAGUGCCGAUGGCGCAAGCGACGAACGUCGCGAGCCAGUUGCUGUUCACCGAUCAGGAGCGGGCGUAUCUGGCCAAGAUCGCCAAACCCAAUCCCGUGUUUGCGCUGUUCAAGCGCCUGUGCGUGUAUUUUCAUGGAGAGCACCAUAUCGAAGAGAUUAUGUGGCGCGAGAACUUGUCUCGCGGGGAGCUGCGCACCGUGAUGAGCACGUACCAGGACAUUGUCGUCUGCUGUCUACACGAGUGA